AUGGGCGAACCGAAUCCCAUAGGAGAUAACUCGAUCUUUGGGAUAUCCUACAUCUUCCAACCUCUUCUAUGGGAGCAAUGGUGGUCGAUAGACCAGUUAGUCUCGCUUGGUUUGUCUGAAGACAGGAGCAGCACGGCAAACGGCGUCUACCAGCAGACUGGUCCUCUACUCGAUGGCUUUAUAUAUCGCUCUGAUACCAGCUCGACCGACCAUUGGAAUGACACCAGCCCUGUGACCGACUACACCGAGCUGUUGAGUAGCCCCGGUCCUGUCACGAAGUACACCGCUCCAUCUUCAAAUUCUGAGGACAUGGUUUCCGAGGAAUUACCUCCCAUUCAGGGCUACUGGCAUCCACCCUCGACACCAAAGAAACCGAGUCGAAAGCGGAAGCGCGACUCUAAUAAGCUUCCGCCUCGCAGUGCCGCUAGACGAAGUUCAUCGGGUGACGAAGGCAUCAAUCCACAGAAAGAGAAGAAGGUGAAACAUUCAACUGUUCGCCGCAAGAGCAAUCCCAGCGGCAACGGCGCUCAUUUAGCCCAACAGCGCGACAGGCGCAUCAAGGUGAUCCAGGAACGGAACCGAAUCGCAUCCAACAAGCUCCGGGUCAAGAAGAGCGAAGCCUUGCUGAGACUCAAGUCUAGUGAGCAGGACAAAGAGCGCAUCCACCGUGACCUGUCCACCUGCGUGGCCGACUUGACCCUCGAGGUAUACGAGCUCAAGAUGCAACUUCUACAGCAAUCGGGGUGUAACUGUGCCCUCAUCCAGAACUAUCUCGUCAAUGAGUCCCAGCAAUAUGUACAGGCGUUAAACGAGAAGCCUCAGCGAGAGGCCUCAGCGAGAGGCCUCGUAUCUGCAGCCGUAGCAGGCCGUAUCCAUGCAGAUAUUCCUCCCCGGGUCUCACCUCGCCGUCGAUGA